AUGCUGCCCACCCCCUUCUCGGUGAAGGACAUCCUCAACCUGGGACCCCCCGCCGCCCCCGGCCCCCGCAGCCCCGGCGGGGAGGACGAGCCGCCGCCACCGCGAAAACGUUUGCUUGCCCAUCCUUUUGAGGGGGAUGAGAGGAAAGCCGACCCCCGCCACUAUCCCAAGCAGCGACAGCAGAGAAAACCCCGCGUUUUGUUCUCCCAAGCUCAGGUGUUCGAACUGGAGCGGCGAUUUAAGCAGCAGAAAUACCUCUCCGCUCCGGAACGGGAGCACCUCGCCAAUGCGCUCAAGCUCACCUCCACGCAGGUGAAAAUCUGGUUCCAAAACAGAAGGUACAAGUGCAAGAGGCAGAGGCAGGAUAAAUCCCUGGAGCUGGCUGCACACCCGCUGCCCCCGCGGAGGGUGGCGGUGCCGGUGCUGGUCCGGGACGGCAAACCCUGCCUUGGGGGCUCGCAGCCUUAUCCAGCCUUGUACAGCAUCACCAACAGCCCUUACUCCUAUAGCUCCUACUACAGCGCCUAUAGCAGCCCGUAUGGUGCUGGCUAUGGGGGGGGCUAUACCAGGAUGCCCCCCAGUGCCGCCAUGGGCAGCCCCACCAUGCACGGGAGUUUGGGCAUGGCCAGCGCUGCUCAGCACCAGCCUACGUGUCUGCAAACCGCCGUGCAAACAGGGAUCAGGGCUUGGUAG